CCUCUGCAGACUCUUGGUGGCUGGGAAGAGAGGAGGGAGACAUCCAGCAGCCACUCGGCCAGUAUUGUUUUUAACCUUUUUGCGUUGAGGAAAACCAGGAAUUUGUGCUUUUCGUGUCGGGGACAAUGGUAUAGUGACGGACACUUUCCUGUUCUUGACACCGCCUAAUAUCCUGACUUACUUUUCUAUAAAGGGGAGGCUGCGGUUUCUUUCCAGCUUACUGGCUACAGUUCUUCAGGUCUUCUGUAAUACUUUCACCUCGCUAUGUGCGAGUACUGAAGACGGCCGUCUUUCCUGGCAACUUUUGACCCGUUUCUACGGAUGAAGUGACUCAAGAGGAGUAAGUUCAGAGGGCAGCUUGCCUUGGAGGGACCAGCUGAUCUCAAGGUGUAGCAUCUUCUGAGCUGCAACAAGAGCUCGCUGCCUUACACCAGGGCAACCCAGGAAGGUCACAGACCAGGAGAAGCAAAUCCCUUGAAAGACGAGAAAUUCGGAUUUUGGGACAAUCGGUUGGACGUCGCAGAAUGGCGGGGAUAUACGGAUGCUUUAAGGGCAGGAAAUGAAGCGGAGGAUGUCACCACUGGGAGCCAGCUUUGGAAGUGGGCACAGUGACGACGCUGCCAUGGCAUCAGGAGCUCCAGAGUCGGUGACCAAUCAGGAGCCUGCUGAGGUCCAGGAAGAUUGCUCAGGAAAGAAGAAAUCCAAGUUCCAGACGUUUAAAAAUUUGUUUACGCGGAAGAAAAGGAAAGAGCCGCAGAGUGCAGGAGCAGAAGAGGGUAUCAAGGGGAGCCAGUCGAGUGACAACGUCAGCAAAACGUCCGAGAAUCACGCACUCGCUCCUUCGGAGAAGGAGAAGGGUUCUGGGUCUAAGAGCAGCCUGGGCAACAAGGCCUUGUCACAUGACUCCGUUUUUGUCUCCGACUCAUCGGAAGCUAAUGAGGGUGUUGGAGCGUCUCAGGACAACAUUCACGGGAAAGUUAAAUCCCUACAGCUGCAGCUGAAGCAGGCCAUCAGGCUGGGCUCUCCUCCGUCCUUGAUGUGCGUGAAGAAGCCAGACGACGGCGGCACCAUGUCCGAGGACGACGGCCUGCCCUGCAGCCCGCCUGACUACACGCCUCUCCAUUCAGUCAAGAGCAAAGCUGAGAGGAGCAGCUCGAACAGUCUGCACGGAAUAGACAGCGACGAACAGCUUUCCUGCUCAGCCUCCAGCGGAGCCGUGAGCCCCCUGGUGGUUCCCGGGGACUUCAGCCAGCCGGCCAGUCCCUUCGUCUGUCUGGAUAACGCUGCCGCCAAGCACAAGCUGGGCCUGAGAUACAAAGCCUGCCACAAGAGGAAACCUGCCCGUAGGCUCGAGCUGAAAACGGAGGGGGACUCUGCGGCGGAGGAGGAGAUGACGGCCUCCGUAACAGAAGCAGAUGCUUUGGAGGAACGGGAACAGCAGAAGGCAGAAGAAGAAAGCGAGGAUCAGCUGAAGCCUCCAGCAGAAAGCGAAGAGGAGCAGGAGGAGCAGGAGGAGGAGGAGGAGGACAACCCAAAAAAGGAUUCCUCAAGAUUCCUUCCUGGGGAUAAAGAGGGAGAAGAUGAGCCGGAAGCAGAGCAGGAUGUUUCUCACGCCCCAGACGCUUCCUGUCCUCUGGACUCCAGUCUCUCGGAGGAGGAGGCCUCUGAUGAUCAGCAUGCUCCCUCCUCCAGUACCAGCUCCAGAUCCUCCUCUCUGGACACUCCCAGUGGUUCGCCAGAGCCCCCUGCUGGUCAGAAGGAGUCGCCGACACGUCCUCCAGGCUUCUCCAGCGCGGCUGACGACCGCUCUGAAAGUGGCUCUUCAUCGGGCGACGAAGACGCGGCGCAGGAAAGCAGGGAGGAUGAGAGCUCGUUCUUAGACGAGGUGCUGAGCUCCUUGAAGAGCUCUCGCUCGCCCGAUGUGGAGAUCAGCGGCGUUGUUCUGGAGAUGGAUGAGACGGAGGAGGAGGAGGAGGAAGAGGAGGAGGAAAAAGUGAUGGAGAUUGAUGAAAGAGUGGGGAUGAAGAGCGAGGAAGCAGAAGUGGCCCGGCCCACUGAUUGCGAGGCUGUUGUUUUGUGUUCGGUCAUGUCUGAUCACACUGCCCGGGAGGAAGAGGAGGAGGAGGAGGAGGAGGAGGAGGGUCUUCUUCGGUCUCCGCAAGAGGAAGACGUUGCACUAGAAGAGGAGCUGAAAAGCACUGAGGAGGAAGAGGAGGAGGAGGAGGAGGAGGAAAUAGUUGUGGAGCGAUUCAUUCAACUCAGUGAUGAGGAAGCUGGACAGGAAGAGGAGGCGGAAGAGGUUGAAUCGGAGGAAGUAAACGACGCGGUUUCCUCACAGGCUGUAGGCCAGGAGGAGACCGAAGAAGAAAAGAGCAAUGGUGAGGAAGAGGAGCCAGCAGAGGGGAGGAAGCAACCAGAAAUUGUCGAGGAAGUGUGGGACCACGGGGAAGAGGAAGAGGAAGGAGCGGAGGCCGAGGAGGAAGGGAAAGGGGAUGAAGAGGAAAUGACCGAGCUGAUCCAUGACCUGAAAGAUGAGGAGGUUCAGAGCGGCUCUCCUAUUCAGGGUCCAGGUGAAGGAGGCACACAUGACGCCGCCGCCACAGAUACCGAUGAUCAAACACUUUCCAGAACCAAUGAGGGCCGGGAAGAUGUCAGCGAGAACUCUGGAGCUGAAGAGGAAGUAGAAGAGGUCGAGCUCAAGGAUCACGAAUCAGAAGAGGAAGCAGAACAAGAAGUGGGAAGAAGCCCUUCAGAUGCACAUGAGGGUGGAGACGACCCGGCGCAGGAAAAGGAUGAACCCAGUCCCCUCGUAGAUGUGAAACCUGCAGAAGCCGAGGAACCAGGCGACGCUUUCCCCAAACUUCCUCCUCUGCUAAUUUCCGAGUCCCGUUCAGAGGGAAGUCCCCUCAGCUCCCCCAGUAAGACCUCUACCGUACACAUUAACCUGGUCUCCCCCACCUCAGAGAAACCCGCCUCUCCAUUCCAGCUGGGUCCAGCUGCUGCCAGUCCCAGAGACGCUGUCACAGAGUCUCUCAGUCCUGCGGUGGAGCCCCCAGAGUCAAACAGGCUGUCUGCUACCGAAGAGCACCCAGAGGCUGCGGAAGGUUCAGAGGGAAAAGAAGAGCGAUCUGUUCAGGAGCAGAGCGCAUCAGGCCCCGCGUCUGUGCAGGAGGCGCCGACGGAUCAGAGUAAGGUCCGCUUCACCAUCGCCCCCGCGUGGCAGAGGCUACAGACUCCCCCCGCCUCCCCGUCUGACGCACCCGCACCCCAAGAAGCCGAGGUGGAGCCUGCGGGUCUGAAGGAUGCGGAUGUGAACGCAGAAUCCGGCGGCCCGGUGAAGGCUGAGCCGGUGCUGAGUCCAGGCAGAGGGAGGAGCUCUGGGAGCUUCAGACUGCAGAGCUCUGCGCCGGCGUCUCCAGCCGAAGCCCACGCCGCAGCAGGAGCAUCAGAGAGCGCCGCAGGAGCGGAGGCGAACCCCGACAGUCCUUUCGGCGUUCGACUGAGGAAGACGUCGGCUCUGCUCCGGCUCAGCUCAGAAGAGGGGAAUUCGGAGGUUGAGUCGCCAACACAUGUACCCUCCUGUAAAGCUGCGUCACCCCAACCAAUCACCAGCAAGCCCUCCAUAAGCCACCCAACCAGCAACAAGCCCGCUCUUCCCAAAAAACCAGAUGUCCACGGGGACGCCGGGCUCAAGCUGAGACGGAUCUCAGAGCCGGCUGCUCCUCGAGGCGCGCCCGGUGGAUCGGACCCUCCCAGCUGGAUCUCUGUGGCCAAGCAGAAACAGAAGGUCUAUAAAGAAACCCCGCUGAACGAGAUGACGGUCAAGAAGGAGGAACAGGAGAAGAAGUCUGCGUUGCCCACCAGCGUCGGCUCGGCUGCCAGCAGGGAGCAGAGCACCAGCAAACCGGCCGAGCCCGCCAGCAAAGUUUCCGUAGAAAAGGAGACCAGAAGGACACAUUCUGCUCCUACUCCGGUGCCCCCUCAGCCUCCGAAGCCCCCGCUUCAGAAGCCGCAGGUUCCCCCCGCCCCGGCCAAACCUACGCCCCCGCCGGACUCCCCUCACACGUCCCCCCCGUCUCCCGCUCCAAGGUCGGCGCCCUUAAAGUCUCCCGCUCCCACAGCCCCGUCUCCUCUCUCCAAAACCCCGCCGGUCCCCUCCCUGUCCUUUUCGCCGAGAGCCCGCCCCGGAGAAGCCCGCUCCCAGAGCUCCGGGGCUCCCCAGGCAGCCCGCGGCCCCCCAGCGAGGCUCGCCUCCCCCCGCUCUGCCGCAGGACGAGCCCCCCUGGAUGGCGCUCGCCAAGAAGAAGGCCAAGGCCUGGAGCGAGAUGCCGCAGAUUGUUCAGUGACACCGGCCGUGGGUUGAAGAGGAAUAAAGCGCCGCACUUGAUUUGCACACCCGUUUUCCUAUAACGUCGGCUUCAGGCUUUCUGGCUGGUGAUUAACACGCACUCCCGCGGCUGAAAAGGGCCUCUGUUUAACCCCUCGCUUGCCCCACACGCGUUGCGCGGCCACGUCGUCUGCAGGGUUGGACCGCGGGUGUCCAUGUAUCCACGUUUCUUCAGAGCCCUGUCACCAUGAAAUAAGGUGCCCAGAUGAGACGCACACAGCUGUGAAGACGACCUUCUUAUCCAGCGAACAGUGCGGGAUCAUGGGAGAAAAUGCUUGGACGGCAGCUGAAGGAAGGUGAACGGACGAGCUGAACGUUGUAGAAAGGAAAUGUUAGACGUUGCUGCAUUUCUGCUAGUCAACUCUCAAACCCAUACCCCCCCCCC